AUUCAUUAUUAGGUCUAGAGUUCAGUCUCUGCCUUCACAGACUGUGGCCCAGGCCGCGUCUCGCGCUGGUUUCCCCAGGGUGGUUUAGGAACACAGGGAAAUCAUUUGCCGCCGGCGUUGCCAUUUUCGUUGCUUUAGAACUUCACUGAAAGAGACGCCUGCCAGCAUGAGUCAAGAGGAGCAAAAUGCCGGCGAGGAGUCCGUUUCUGCAGUGUACAUGCGGGAGCGGCAGGAGCGGAAGCUGAUGAUGAAGCGGAAGAACCUAGAGCGGGAAGAGAAGGAGGGGCGCCCAGGAGCGAGGCAGAAGCUGCGAGGGGCAGACGGCGCUGCUGGUGGCGCUGGUGGUGGUAAUGGGUAUCAGGGGAAUGGCGGUGGGUCGGAGUACCGAGCCUCCGGGGGUCAAAGAAGGCCUUCCUGUGGGCCUCUGCCCGAUGGCUGGAUCGACUGCCCUGCCAUGGGUGAGGCCAUCGGCCUGCUCAUCCCUGCCAAGGCGCCCCUGGGCGAGGCGUUCAGAGAGCUGGUGGAGCCGGGCAAGCGGUGGAACGCUGACGUGGCACUCAAGCAGACGAGGAGCAUGAAGAAAGACGUGGGGCUGGUGAUUGACCUCACCAACACCACUCGAUACUACAACCCCCAGGAUUGGACGAAACACAAAGUGAAGUACCUCAAGCUGGCCUGCAGGGGUCGCGACGAGGUGCCUGAUGAUGAGACUGUUAAUCGCUUUGUGUAUGCCGCGCUGGACUACAUGCGCGCCACGGACCGCAAGAAGUGCAUCCUGGUGCACUGCACGCACGGGCACAACCGCACGGGCUUCAUGAUCAUCCACUUCCUCAUGCGAGCGAUGGGGGGGCGUGUGGCGGAGAGGCUGGCCGAAUUUGCAGAGGCCCGGCCCCCCGGCAUAUACAAGGAGGAUUACAUCCAGGCGCUCUUCUCCUUCUACCACGAGCGGCGCCCCGAGCCCGUGACAUGUCCACCCACCCCUGAGUGGAAGGCCACGUUCGACCUUGACUUAGACCUGAAUGUGGCUCUGGAGAUGGACGAGGAGGAGGCGGCGGGGGAGAGGGCAGGGGAUGACGGCAACGAGGAGUGUGGCGCUGCUGUGCUGCCAGAGGCGGAGCCCAGCAAGGAGGAAGGGAAGAAGAAGAUGACGAUAGACGACGUGCUGGGGUCAGCCAUUCCCGAGGAGCAGCAGAUGGAGCUGCAGCACCUCGUAUGCACCGGGCUCAAAUCGCCUAACUUCCGUCACUUCCCGGGUUCUCAACCAGUCUCUUUGGACCUCAAGAACCUGCAGCUGCUGCGGCAACGGCUCUACUACGUGACUUGGAAAGCCGACGGCACACGAUACAUGAUGCUCAUCUGCCCCGACGGCUGCUACCUUAUCGACCGAAACUUCCGGUUCCGGCGCGUGCAGAUGCGCUUCCCCAUGCGCAAGUACCUGCAGCACAAGCCCGCGGACGACUGGGACGUGCACCGCACCACGCUGCUGGACGGCGAGAUGGUGGUGGACACUGUGCCGGGCAGCGGCGUGCAGGAGAGGCGUUACCUCAUCUAUGACCUCAUGAUGCUCGACGCUGUUCCCCUGGGGGAUAAACCAUUCGCAGAGCGGUUUGAGCAGAUCGAGCGGGAGGUGGUGGCCCCGCGGCGGAUAGACGCCACGAUGAACGACUUGUACGAUUACAGCCAGGAGGAUUUCAAGGUGCGGCGCAAGGACUUCUACAUGCUGAGUGCGGUGGGGAAGCUUCUGCACAACUUCAUCCCCAAGCUCAGCCACGAGUCCGACGGGCUCAUUCUGCAGGGGUGGAACGACGCCUAUGUGCCGCGCACGCACGAGGGCCUGCUCAAGUGGAAAUACGCCCACAUGAACUCCGUUGACUUCUGCCUCAAGAAAUCACCAGAGGGCAAGUGGGUGCUGCUGCUGUCGGACAGGAAGACGCUGCGGGCGCUGCCCGCAGCCAAGAUCACCUUUCCUGGCAUGAGUGAGGAGGAGGAGAGCGAGCUGGAGGGGAAGAUGGUGGAGUGCUGCUGGAAGAAGGAGGAGGGUGUGUGGGAGUUCAUGCGCGUGCGCACCGACAAGGAGCACCCCAAUGCCUGGCACACGUACCUCAAGGUGAUGGACAGCAUCCGCGACAACAUCACAGAGGAGGUGCUGCUAAAGGAGGUGCAGAACAUCCGGAGCCUUCCCGUGUACGAGGAGCAUGAGAAGAGCGAGAUCAGGCGCAUGCAGCAGCAGCGCCGGCAGCAGCAUCCGCCCCCACACCACCAUCAGCAGCAGCAGCGGCAUCACCACCCGCAACACCAUCCACAUCAUCUCAUCAGCAGCAACCGCAUCAGGAGCAAGAGAGAAGAGAUUAGCCGCAGCCACGCACCCCUGCCAAUUCAUGAGGACGCUGGAUUAACUGGCGUUGCUGUAGGUAUAUCAAUAUCCUUCUGCUGUCUCAUCUUUUUCCAUGCCCACUUCUCCACCUCCUGCUGGCUCUUCUAUUUGCCUUGUUUACUGGAAAGUAAAGAAUGUUCAAAACAUAGGAAUCGUGUGAAAAGACUGGAAAUGCACUAUUGGAGGAUGCAAACAUCUAUAUCUUGAGAAGCGCACGGCAUCGCCACCCAUCGUGCAACGCGGUUACCGCUUCGCCUGGCAAAUCGACUGUUACCGCCGGCAGCAGGUGCAACACUACCAGCUGCUCCAAUGCCGUCCACUCGUGUCGCCUCGCCGCGUAUCCCGCCGCCAAUCCCGCCGUAAAUCUCGCCGGGACCGCCGCGGGAUGUUCUCGCCAGCCACAAGCUCAUGCGCUCGCCAGCUGCUCCGCAUUUAGCGGGGCCUCCGCGUGGCGGCAGCGCGCCGCUGCGCAGACUGCGGGGAAUGCAGGAAACUCGGCGCGCGAGGCUCGGCCAGGGAUGGUAUUCGUUGUCCGUAGCGCCCUG